ACUCGGUCAUUACUGAGUGUAUUUGAAGAAGAUGCAGGAACGCUUACAGACUACACGAAUCAGCUGUUGCAAGCAAUGCAGCGCGUCUAUGGGGCUCAGAAUGAAAUGUGCCUGGCGACACAACAGUUGUCCAAACAGCUUCUUGCGUAUGAAAAACAGAACUUUGCUCUGGGAAAAGGAGAUGAAGAAGUGAUUUCCACCCUUCAGUAUUUUUCCAAAAUUGUGGACGAGCUUAACAUUCUACACACGGAACUGGCCAAACAGCUUGCGGACACAAUGGUUCUCCCCAUUAUCCAGUUUCGUGAAAAAGAUCUUACAGAAGUAAGUACGUUAAAGGAUCUCUUCAGCCUUGCUAGCAACGAACACGAUGUGUCCAUGGCAAAGUAUAGCAGGUUGCCCAAAAAAAAGGAGAAUGAAAAGUUAAAGGCAGAAGUUGCAAAAGAGGUAGCCAGUGCUCGGAGGAAGCAGCACCUCUCUUCACUCCAGUAUUACUGCGCCUUGAAUGCUCUGCAGUACCGCAAGAGAAUCGCCAUGCUGGAUCCCAUGCUAGGAUACACACGGUCACAGAUUAAAUUUUUUAAGAAAGGAGCUGAGAUGUUUUCCAAAAAAAUGGACAGCUUUUUGUCAUCCGUUUCAGACAUGGUUCAGAGUGUACAGGAAGAAUUAGAUGUCGAAGCUGAUGGCAUGCGGGUAGCUCAGCAAGAUCUUCUUUCCGUGGGUGAAUCGGUCUACACACCUGACUAUGAUGUGGCAGCACCUCACAUCAACAGGAACCUUAUCCAGAAAGCUGGCUACCUGAAUCUCAGAAAUAAAACAGGUCUGGUGACUACAACGUGGGACAGGCUGUACUUCUUCACUCAAGGGGGCAACUUGAUGUGUCAGCCCAGGGGAGCUGUUGCUGGAGGACUGAUCCAGGAUCUGGACAACUGUUCUGUUAUGGCCAUUGAUUGUGAAGAUCGAAGAUACUGCUUUCAGAUUACCACCCCGACUGGAAAACCGGGCAUAACUCUUCAGGCAGAAAGCAAGAAAGAAUACGAGGAGUGGAUAUGUGCCAUUAACAACAUCUCCCGGCAGAUCUAUCUUUCGGACAAUCCUGAAGCUGUUGCCAUCAGGUUAAAUCAGACAGCUCUACAAGCUGUGACCCCAAUCACAAGCCUUGGGAAGAAGCAGGACAGCCUCUCCCCCAGCCAGGAUGUGAAAAAUGUAGAGAUGCUGAACGACAGAAGCGUCCCGGAGGAGCCUGCUAGCAUUCCAGACACUGCCGAGUUAAUUGCACCUGGAACACCCAUUCAGUUUGACAUCGUACUGCCUGCGAUGGAGUUCCUUGAUCAGAACAGGGGAGGCAGGCGCACAAACCCAUUUGGGGAGUCUGAAGAUGGCAAGAAAGAGGAUGAGGCAGACUCCCUCUUGAAGCAGAUGUUUGUAGUGCGUUUUCUGGGAUCUAUGGCUGUUAAAUCCGACCAGACCGUUGAGGUAAUCUAUGAAGCGAUGAGGCAGGUGUUGGCAGCUCGGGCCAUUCACAAUAUCUUCCGCAUGACAGAAUCCCAUCUUUUGGUCACCAGCAAUGACCUCAAAUUAAUAGAUCCUCAAACCCAGGUUACAAGAGCAAAUUUUGAACUUGCCAGUGUGACACAGUUUGCAGCUCAUCAAGAAAAUAAAAGGCUGAUUGGAUUCGUAGUUUGUGUCUCUGAGUCUCCAGGCGAAGAUUCCCUGAGCGCUUAUGUGUUUGAGAGUAACACAGAAGGCGAAAAGAUUUGCUAUGCAAUAAGCCUGGGAAAAGAAAUUCUUGAGGCUCGGAAGGAUCCAGAAGCAUUAGCUCAGUUAAUGUCAUCUAUGCCACUGACCAAUGAUGGAAAAUUCAUGCUGUUGAAUGACCAGUCAGAAGAGGACAAUGCUGUGCAUGGAGAUGGGCAGGAAGAAUCUGAAGCAUAAGUUGUAGUUUCUUAUUGUGGAGAUGGUAUUGUCUGGAAUAGGCUAAACACUGCUCUGAGCUACAAUUCAACAUGGGUGGAUACCUAGAGAUAGCACAAAAGGAGAACUUGGUCUGAAUGUCUGUCAUGAUGAAGUGACAAUCUUCAAAUUCUCCCAGCUGUCAUCAUGAGGUCAUCUGCUACUGGCACUGAAGGGAGCCUGAUGUCUACCAGCACAUUUUUCAAGAUCUCGCCAGGGUUCUUCUUCAGAUGCUAAGCCACUUCCUCAUCUACAUUCUUUUAGGAACCCAGCUUCUUGUUUCUGACUGCAGUCAGGACUGUGUGCGCUCUUUUAACUGCACAUCUUUGUAUUCCACAUGAUUCUACUAGCUGUGGGAAGCAGCAAGAAGCUUCACGGGGCCAUGAGACUUCAUCUUCUAGGCUCUUAGAAAUCUUACUACAUACACACUUCAGAAAAAGCUCCUAAAAUGUCAGGAGCCGAUCAUUUUAGGGCAAGGAGAUAAAAAUUAAGAGGUCCUCAGUAAGUAGCAUCUAGUACUGCAUCCAGUAUUGGGAGCCUGGAAUACCCACAGCCCAAAUGGAUCUUUAGUUUUUAUAUAUCUCAGUAACAAUUGAAAGAAAUGCAUUAUUUGUUUCUAUAUUGUUUUUAGGCUCUAGUAUACUUUUUAAAAAGGAUAAUAGAAUCACUAUUGAACUAGAUGGUUUAUCAAAUAGUUCUCUAAACACUUUCCUAUUAAUAUCUAUUUUUAUACUUUUAUCUGGAGUAAGCUUUCAGUCAUUACUCUUAAGUAGAGAUGGAGAUUCAUAUUCAUCUGCCAGGGGAGAUGAAUAGGAAGCCUGCCAUCACAGCCAGUUGGCCUGAUUAAACCCUCCACACACACCCGCAACCGCGUGUCCACAUGGCACACACUGCUGUCAUUCUUGCCUCCAUGCCAAUCGUAGAAGUAGCCUGGCUGAUGCUUCCGUGCCUGCCUGGGCUGCUGACCAAUCAGCAGCUGUAUGCUUGUCAUCCCUCCUCCUCACCAGAUUGGCCAGCAGCACCGGGAGGCAUGGUAUCCCUAGCCAGGCUACUUCUGCGAUUGGCACGGAGAGAAUGACAGCAGCACAUCACGCAGUGAGCAGACACCCAGUGUGUGUUAGGGGAGAGGGUUUAAUCAGGCCAGCCAGCUGUGAUGGCGGGCUUCGUAUUCACCUUCCCAAUCUCUACUCUUAAGUGCCUGCUGUUUUUUUGUGGGGACCAUACCAUAGCCUAGCUCAGUUGACAUAGCAGGUGGGCCAGAAGUUAUUCAUUGAGCCCAUUAGAAGUCUCAGCCAUUCAUUAGGGAUGUACACCCAUAAAAAUUAAUUUUUCUGAAUUUCUAACCAUUCUUGAGCCAGGUAGACGAACUGCUUCACAUGAAGGGGCUUGUUUAAGAUUGACCAGUUCCUCAGCUGAAAAAUUUCUUCAAAUCUGCCCCAGGAAGCAAUUCCGGAAAGAGAACUGAUAUAAGAUUGCCUAUAUGUUUUUACAAGUUUGAUGCUGUUGUAGCUAGCAGGAAAUGGGACAAACCACUGUGUUGAGUCAUCUAGGUUUACUAUUUUCAGUUGAAGUCAUAUGCAAGAACAGAGCCAGCUCUAAUGGAGGUAUUAACCUAAUUUUUAAAAAUGUAAUGUUAAGGAUGUUUUAAUGCUAGCAAAGCAAAUGUUUAGAAGUAAUGAUAGAUUAAAAUCAUAUUUGAACUACA